AUGCGGCAUUGCUCAGAGCGGAAAAAAUCGCACCGGGAACCGGUGAAUCGAUGCAUCCUUGCUGCGGCAGAGACACUCCUUCUGCGUGUCGGCGUGGAUGGGCUUCGAGUGGAUUCCACAAAGUCCAUCCGCAAGCUACCGGGAGGCGACCAUGAUCCAAGUGGCGCGGCUCUUCUGGCAGAGCUGACGACCCUUUGCAGGCGGCAGGGCCGCCUGGCGAUCGCCGAGGACUUGGAGGAUGGCGACGGAUUCCUCCAGUGGGGCGGCCUUGGCUUCCAUCUCCAGUGGGACAUGGCGCUCUUCUGCUGGAUCUACGAUUCCCUGGUGCACCCGCUGGACGAGCCCGGGUCCUAUCGCAAACUCGGAUCGAAAGUCGUGCCGUCGUUCGUUGGACUCGCGUUUUUCACAACUGCCCUGGGCUUCCUAGGCAAGGCCCGUUUGGUACACCUGCUGCGGGUGCAUGAAUUAAGUGACGAGAUUGGCGUCAUCUUCUUCAGCGGUACUGAGGUGCCCAUGCGAUGCGCGGCCGCGUUGUUGCGGCUAAUGGACAAUCCGCCGCCUGUGCUGCCGGACGUCCGACAUCCGCAGAGUUUGGGGUCCACAUGCCGACCGCUGAAUUGCGAUGGUAGGAAGAAGAACUGUGGCCAGCUGUGCAGCCGAGCUGGGAGGGACAAAGUUCCAGCAGCUGUGCACAACGGACGGGCGUUCAUGAAAGAGGGAGCCGAGGGCGGAGGCGGCGAUGCAUUCCAGCAAGCUGGUGGAAGAUUGCCCUACCCAGACCCCGAAGAGGUCGCCACGAAUGAGUUUGCAUGGAGACGGGCGGCAUUAGGCCUGGUUUUGAUGUUCACCUGCCCUGGCGUGCCCAUGCUGCUGCAGGGCCAGGAGGUGGGUGAUUGCCAGCCAUACUGCUGGCCAAAUGGACCAGCUUUGGACUGGGACCGAGCGAUGGAGACAUCCGGGAUCCCGGCUGCCUGGAAGAUGCUUUGCCAGGAUCUGAUUGCACUGAGGGUGGGGCGAAGUGGCACACCGUCAGCAAGCCCGCUGCAGGGCGAUGGUAUUCACAUCUUCCACGACCAGGGUGGUGUAUUGGCCUACCUUCGCUGGCAUGAAGCCGAGGAGAGCCGAAACAAGAAAACGUGCGGUGUACGCCUAGCCCUUGUUGUCCUCAACUUCCGCAACCACAACUUCGGCCACUACACCAUCGGCGUGCCACCCUCUCGAAUUUGGCACAUUGCUGCGAGCACUCCCCGCUUGGAGAACAUUCCAGACGACAUCCAGGUGACCCAGCGCUGUCCUACUCACGGAUUUCCGAACUGCCUCGAGGCCAUUCUGGCUGUGAUGAGAGAUGUGCGCAAGGAAAAAGCCUGGACCGGCUUGGAUGUCACAGCGCUAUGUGAGGACAUCAUCCGAAAAUCGAUCUCCAUCGACAAUGUCGUCCAGAUCAUGAUGACGGCAAAGGCGCACCGGGCGGAUGGUCUGAAGGACAUUUGCAUGGCCAGGGUCCAAGAUUUCAUCAUCACCAACGAAGAGAAAAUCAAGCCCACUCCAGCCUUUAAGGAGCUGAUACAGGAGCCCACGCUGAUGUACGAGCUCCUGAUGCGGUGCUGCACCCGGGUAUCCCCACAUCGCACACUUGACUUCUAG